AUGCAGCCCCGGGAAGCUACUCACGCUGGAUCGUGGUAUUCUGGCACUCAAUCCACUCUUGCACGUCAGCUCGACCAAUGGCUAGCGCAAGCGCCGGGGGAGCUUGAGAACGUUGGCUCAUUACCCGUGUCUGGUGCUCGAAUUAUUAUUGCUCCGCAUGCGGGCUAUUCAUACUCGGGACCCUGUGCCGCGCACGCGUACAAGGCAUGGGAUUUGUCGAAAGCGAAGCGGAUUUUCGUCCUGGGACCAUCCCACCACCACUAUCUCUCAACACUGGCUCUUCCAGAGCUCACCUCGUACUCUACCCCGCUCUCCGACGACCCGCUGCCGCUGGACACGGAGCUUAUCGCUAAGCUUCGCUCCACCAAAGCAACCAAGCCAGAUGGAUCAACUAUCAGCUUCACGACAAUGUCCAGGGACGUUGACGAGGAUGAGCAUAGCAUAGAGCUUCACUUGCCGUACAUUCACCGUCUCCUGCAGGUGUAUCACCCAAAUAAGCCCACCUCGCAAUACCCACCCCUGGUGCCAAUCAUGGUAGGAAGCACAUCGGCUUCCACCGAGAGUGCCUUCGGAGCUUUACUGGCUCCGUACCUUAAGGACCCCGAGAACGCGUUUGUCAUUAGCUCCGACUUCUGUCACUGGGGCCUCCGUUUCCGUUAUACAUACUACGUUCCCCAAGCCCCCAAGCCAGGCCCAGAACUUCCCCUCUCCGCCGAUGCCCUGCCCCAGCCCGGUGGCGAGAUCAGCGACGUCGAGGCCAAGAUGGAUCUGGUCUCUGCCGGGCACUCCUUGCAGCGCCGAGACCGCGUCUCCAGCCGAGAGCCCGCCAUCCAUGAGAGUAUCUCGGCGUUUGAUAUUGCCACCAUGGCCGCCAUCACGACGGGCUCGGCUGCAACCUUCCUGGACACCAUCCAGACCACGGGAAACACAGUUUGCGGGCGUCAUCCUAUCGGCGUGAUGAUGGCCGCCAUGGAGCAAGUUGCGCGCCCGGACGAGGGAAAGACCGGGAAGUUCCAUUUCGUCAGAUAUGAGAGGAGCUCGGAUGCAAUUGAUGUCAACGAUAGUUCCGUGAGCUAUGUUUCUGCAUUUGCCAUACUAUGA